GCACCGAGUGAUCGUAAACGGUGAUCAGCUCCAUUGUGGCCCAAUAUCACCGUUGGAAUUGUGAGAAUUCAUUGCGGCAUCACUCGAAAUUGGCCACCAAACCAACUCACCAGCACCGUCUGCACCGAUUGUCACAGCACAUAUCAGGAGCGUGUUUGUCAAAUUUGGCGCUCUCCUUUGUUUGGAUGUGAACGAGCGGAAUACGCGGUUGCACUCGCGCGGUACAAUGAAACCUGGGGCCACUGUGAAAGAGGAACCGGCAAGUCAUCAUGGAGAAAAUUCCGAAGAAGACGACGAUGAGGAUAUUCACGAAACGUCCAGCACCUGUACCGAUAACACAUCGAAUGGGAGUGAAACUCACAUAAACCGGCGAAAACGGCGCCGGCACAAGAAAAAGUUACCGAAGGUGGUGAAAGCGAUCUUCAAAUUCGCCGGCUUCGUGAAGGAAGACCACGGUCAACCGCUGUUCGGGUGUCAGUUUAAUCAGAACCUUAAGAACGGCGAGCUGCCAAUAUUCGCGGCCGUUGGUAGCAACCGUGUGACGAUCUAUCAGUGCCAGCGCGAUGGUGGCAUAACGCUGAAGCAGUGCUUCUCCGAUCCGGAUGUCGAAGAGGUCUUCUACACCUGUGCCUGGUCGCACGAGGCGGAGAGUGGGCGGCCCAUAUUGGCCGCUGCCGGACUCCGUGGUGUGAUUCGAAUAUUUAGCCCUGCCUCGCUGGACGGUUACAAACACUAUAUUGGGCACGGGCACGCCAUCAACGAGGUAAAGUUUCACCCGAAGGAACCGUAUCUGUUGCUGUCGGCAAGCAAGGACCAUUCGUUGCGGCUGUGGAACACCAAGACGGAUGUGUGCAUUGCCGUGUUCGGUGGCGUCGAGGGACACCGAGACGAGGUGCUGAGUGCCGACUUUGAUAUUCUCGGGAUGCGCAUCAUGUCGUGCGGUAUGGAUCACUCGCUGAAGAUGUGGCGCCUGGACACCGAAACGAUGCGCCAUGCAAUCCGCAUCAGUUACACGUUCAACGAAAGUAAAAGCGUUUUGCGCUUUCCGUCCGUGAACGAGCAUUUUCCAGUGUUCUCAACGCGAGACAUUCACCGGAACUACGUGGAUUGUGUUCGGUGGAUGGGCGAUUUUGUGCUGUCCAAGUCGUGCGAAAAUUCGAUCGUCUGCUGGAAACCGGGCAAGCUGGACGAUACGGAGGUGAAAAACAAUGAGACGACCGUGAUCAACACGCUCUCGUACAAGGAAUGUGAAAUUUGGUUCAUCCGCUUUUCGCUCGACUACUGGCAGAAGCACUUGGCGCUUGGCAAUCAGACCGGCAGGACGUACAUCUGGGAGCUGGACACAGACGACCCGGUGCACCCGCGGUGCAGCACGCUGUAUCACCCGAAGUGCACCACCGCCAUCCGACAGACGUCGUUCUCACGGGCAGGGGACAUUUUGAUCAACGUGUGUGACGACGGAACCGUCUGGCGAUGGGACAAGAUCAAUAGCUAGAGCGCGGAGUCGGACAGUUUUCAUGUUUUAACAAUAGGACACGGCGUGAGAGCAGAGACAAAAGGACUGUGUAAUGCAUUCGUAAAUGAAUUUCUUUUAGCUAAUGGCGGAUACAUACUUCGCAAGAGCAUGCGUUUUUAUAUUCGUGCGAAUACCCUGAAAAGGCACGCAUGCCCGAUCGAAUUCUUCGAGCUUGCUAAUUCUGUCGAUCUCGCUCACAAAGAACUAGCACCUAGGGGGAUUCCACAAUUGUGUUAGGA